AUGAUUGCAAUAUCGCUAAAAGCUCCAUUGUCAUCAAACAGCCGUUCACCAAAAUCGUUGGUUGAAUCAAAAAUUGUUACAAUGCCGCUUGUGUAUACUCCCUUGGUUAAAGAGAGAAAAAAGCCUGCUGUAAUACAUGAUUUAACAUUCAUAAUUGAUGGGUAUCGUUGUACCAUUAGGCCAGCAUACCCGAUCUAUCUUACUACAAUCAAGCCAAAAGAUUUGAGAGAAACUGCAGUUGCGAAAAAAAAAUGCAGAGUCAACAGGAGCACCAGUAACUUACCACAACUUGUUCGGCCCUUCAAAGACCCACCACAAUGUCUCUUUCCACCGCCAUACAAUCCUGAAAGUAAAGCAUGGGAGGAUUUGUUCUUGAAGCUGCCUUUAGAUGUUCGUUGGAUGAUAUACGAUCAACUUUCAAUCGUCAGACCAAACCCGGUACCAGUUAGAUCGCCUCUUUCUUCUGCCUAUAAAGAAAAUCACAAGCCUUCAUCAAACUCUCACGCUAUUCUCGGAGUGAGCAAGUCGAUUCAUCAUGAUGCUGCUGAGUACUUUUAUACCAAAACUAAUUUUGUUAUUGGAAGUUGGAGAUGGGAUCAGGAACCCGAACUUGAGCCUUCUCCUGAUGGUUUACAAACUUUUCUUUCUUGGACCCCCCGUCAUUAUGUCAAUUGCAUAACUAAACUUACUAUGCUGGCCCGUCUUGUCGUUUACUUUAGAAAAACGGAAUUUGCACAUGCGGAUCUCAUGUACUUUGAGGCUAUGACAAUUGCCACAAAAGAAAGCUUCGUCAAUCUGCGAGUUUUGUCUGUUUUGUUCACUGAGUUUGACGGUGUAUGUGUUCCAGAUUGUCCACUGGAUGUUGGAGUUAAGACAGAUGGAUGGCAUGACACUGUCUACUCUUCGUUCAAGACGUUGUUGAAUCAUCAGAAUCUUGAAGAGAUAUACUUGGGGGUGGACUUGAUCGGAAAGCCAGCUCGAUAUAAAGGAAACUCCGCUUGGGACCAAUUACCAGAUCGUGAAGCUUUCAUGUUGAUCAAAGAGAUGGUAAAGUACGCUACGAUGGAGCACGGUUCAUGGAUAUUGUAUGGCGAAGAAGACUGGGACAGCAUAUUUGCACGGGAAGAAGACCACAAAAGUUACUACUAUGAGCCUGAGCUCUGUCCGAUUGCCAGAAAAGUUUUCAUAUAA